CAUCUCUGCUAGUACCUUUCUAAGUAGGGUGCCGACUCAGGUAGUGCGGAGUAGUGUGUUCGUCCCGAGUACCUCGCACCGGCACUGAACAGCGGAAAGAUGCUAGCAUGUUCAUCCGCUGCGCGGUAUCGGUACUUGGUUCUGCACUAUACACUCCCAUCUGGGUACCUGCUAGGCACACUCGGCAUGUGCUCCGCAGAGCUCCAUCCUGCUGCGUUAUCUUCGGUCUUCCAUUGCCAGUCGGAAAGCCAGUCCAGCCCGUAUUUCUCAGGUGUGCGUUUUCUCCUCCACCAGAAUAGAGACCUGAAGGGGCACCGCAGUAUUUCCGACCCUUCCAGAGCAGUGCUAGAGCUUCAUGUAACUCGUCCAGGGCUAGUACCCCCCGCCAGCCGAUGCCUGGUUGGCCGAGCAGGUAGCUUGCCGGCUCCCAAGACCUUGGCCCUAACACUUGCAAGGCGGCCCAGUUUCAGUUCGGCGCAGAUCGACUCAGCACACGUCAGUCGCUCGCUCCAUUCCCCAAGGCCAUAGUGCAACCUGUUACUUCCACAAGCCCCAAGCCACUGACGCUGAUCAAAGCUAAGUUCUUAAGCUGGGUUCGAUUCACAAACCUCUUUAUAACAUCAUCGCUCCCUUCUCUCCUCCAUCUAUCUUGGCUCCGUAAACUUCUUCCCUGAGUAUUCUGCUCUGCUUGCCG